UCUUCCUGGAUUAAAGGAUACGCGGAUUAAGGAUUUUCACAAAGAAGAAAAGUAAGAUAGAAAAAGAAGAAGAAGAAGAAGAAUAAGAAGAAUAUCGUUGGAAAUAAAGGAAGAAGAAAAGGAAAUAUGUCGAGAAGGGAUGGGUCGAAAAAUGGCCGGCUCUUUUUUCUCUUCAAAGAUAUCGACGCAAACGAUAGAAUAGAAGGAAGAAGGUGCCACCACCACCACGCCGUCGUCUUCGUCCUCUUCGUCUUCUUCUUCGAUAACACGGCAGCGUCUUCCUUUUCCUCAAUCUCCUCCUUCUUCUUCUCAUCCUACUCAUCCUUCUCCUUAUUGAGAAUGCGCAUUAGAGCGUAAGAAAACGUAGGUACAGUGGCAAUAAAAUGUGGUGCGCAUUAUCGUGAAAAUGUUGGUGGACGAGUGUGGAAGUGGGAUGGGGUGGACUACGGCAGCGAGCGUUAGAGGGGGUUGGUCCACCCCCGGUACUACUGUUGGAUGCAGAAACUCCGCGAUGAGUUUCGGGGGCAGUGUACCUUCUCUUCACCCAGCUGGCUCGAUACGAUCCUUACGUUCCCAGCAUUCCAUACAGUGUCCACAAGAGACACCGCAAAGAUGUAUACACUGCCAUCCCGUGCACGCAUCGAACACUCCUAACAAUUAUGUGCAUCAUCCUAUGCAGUAUUAUACACCCAGUCAUUGUACAGAGGGUCAACAACAGAACGGAACUUAUACACCACAUCGGAGUUCCUACCAUGGCGACACUCGUAUACGAUAUACGGACACGGAGGAAAGCUUGGCAGGGAACGCUAACUGGGUCCUUGGUGAUUUACGAACUCUUCAUCGUUGUGUUCCCGCAUUGCGACGUACAGGCAUAGACGUCGCUGGUAUGCGAGCGCAUUUCUACCCGGAAGGUGGCUGGGGUUGGUUGGUAUGUGCAGCUGGCUUUCUCGCCCUGUUGCUCACUACAGGAAUGCAGCUCGCCUUCGGCUUUCUUCAUCUUUAUGCUACACGUCAUUUUGGCGACGUACAUAUAAUGGACAUAGCUUGGGCAGGAGCUCUAAGUGCUGCGGUUUCCCGUGGUUCCGCUCCACUGGUCGUCGGCGCGUGUCGCCGUGGAAGUACGCGGCUCACCGCUGUGAUUGGUGGUCUUGUAUUGGCAUUAGCUUCGCUUUUUACUUCCUUUGCCCUUCAAAUGCAUCAAGUACUUUUGAGCUACGGCUUGGUACUGGGCACAGGAGCCGGUUUGGUAAGAGAGACCGCUGGUUUGGUACUCGGCCAUUACUUUAGAAAACGACGAGAGUUCGUUGAGAUGGUGGUGCAAGCUGGCACGGGGGUGGGAAUUGCUCUCUUCAGCGUAUUUUACAAGGAAGCGGUUGGAAAGCUAGGUUGGAGAUUGGGGUUGCAGUCUGUUACGGGAGCACUCUUCUUGGCCUUUUUCCUGGGUCUGAUUUAUAGGAGUGCUUCUCUCUAUCAUCCUCAACGAAGAGCGAUCUUACAUCUCAAAAAUCAACGUAGUAAAGUAAAGGAAAAGAAAUCGGCGACAAAGGUACCGGCACAGCCAUUGGUUGACCUCAGUCCUUUGGGAAGUCGACCAGUUAGAAUGCUCAUGCUGGCAGCUGGUGCAGCUGGUUUUGGACUUUACACACCUGCCUUUUACAUCGCAUUGCAGGGAUAUCAAGACGGUCUGGAGGCAAGCUCGUUGGUAUUACUACAGACCUGCUUGGGUUUGGCAGCAGCACUAGGAUGCGCGGCUUGGGGGGUAGUUACAGCCAGACCAUCUGCUCAGUGCUUGGUGUCCAGGCAAUAUCUCUGCCAAGCAGCACUUCUCGGAGUUGCUAUAGCUCAAGUGGCGCUUGGUAGUGUGGAAGGUUAUCACGGAUUGGUCUUGGCAUCAGGCCUUUAUGGAGCUUCACUCGGUGGUGCCCUUUACUCCCUAAAGAUGUUGGCUCUCGAAAGACUAAGGGCAAGACAUUUCGCUAGAUCUUGGGCUCUUGUUCAAGCAGCGGAAGCAUUGCCCAUCCUACUCGGAGUUCCUCUUACUGGUUACAUGAAUGCUAACAGCCCAAGGGUGGGCUACUAUGCGUGCACGUUGAGUUCCUUGUGCGGCGCCGCGUUGCUCUUCUUGGUCGGUUGGGGUCGACAGCCGACAUCACCAGUUUUACCCGGGCCACGUUUAUCCAGUCUCGGUGCCGUUCCACCGCCCUGUGCCUGUCCACCACCACCAAGACCAAGGUUACCCAAAUCUCAGUCCCUACAUGUACCCCUCGACGUUGAGGAUAACGUACAGGAAAGGGAAAACGAGAGUAUACACACUGCCGAACAUUAUUACCAACCACAAUUUCAUGCUCCGCUUAGGCCGAGCAAAAGUGUACCAGAAGGUUUGAGUCAUCCACAUCAACCGGAUCCUUAUAGAACAAGACCGAGGCGUUAUCGAGAUGUUACCGUUAUCGAACAAAUUACCACCAGCGUUUAAAAGGACACUUUUCGGUAAUGAUACAUGUAACUUAGGCUUCUAGAAAAGGAAAAAAAGAAAAGGAAGAAGAACAAAAAGAGAGACAAGUACCUACUAUGUUUCACGCCUUAACAAAUUUUUAACGCGAAGGAAUCUUUAAGAGUUUCGAUUGAAGUUAAACAAGAUUUUGAUGUUAUAAUUCUUGAACUUUUCAUUGUUUAUGAAAACGUUCGAUACGAUAGCAACGAUCUCUAUCAAAUAGCAAAUCUAUAAAUAUCCAGGCUGUUUGGCUUUUCAAUCAUUAAAAAGGAACUUAAAAUCGAUUCUCUAUUAAGGUACGUCAAUGUCGGCAAUUCCAUGUGUGGGCAACAUUAACGAAAGACCAAAUGUGUUUACAUAAUCGUUAGUCUCGUGUGUGUAUGUAUCGUUUAAACAAGAUAUGUGUAUGUAGAGAACGGAUCGAUCAAAAUUUCCAGGGAUAAUUCAAAAAUAAUGAUAAUCAAAGAAUAUACAACAACAAAAAUUAGAUAAUAAAUAAAUAAAUAUUCUACGUUAAGAAGAAAGUUAAAAGUAACAAUAAAAGAUCAGUUAGAUAAUCGUAAGACUUAAAAAAAAAAAAAAAAAAGAAAAAAAACUAUGAUAGUUAACUAAUAUUUCAAAGAAAAAAAAAAAAAAAGAAAAAACAAAGGAAACGUGCCAUUUGACCUUCCCGUGAACUUUAUCGUCGUCGUAAUAAAACAAAUAAAGAACAACAAAAAUAUCGAGAAAUGUACUUUCUUCUCUGACUAACGAUUCAACACAAAAGUGUAUCUCUAGUAAAGCGUUUAAUGUAAAUGAAGUUAUCUUAUUAUUUGUACUUAUCUCAAACGAGCGAAGUUAAUUAAGUUCGCAAUGCGUCGAUUUACAUAUAUAUAUGUAUAAUAUAUAUAUAUAUAUAUACAUAUAUAUAUAUAUAUAUAUAUAUAUACAUAUAUGUAUAUAUAUAUGUAUAUAUAUAUAUAUAUUAAUAUGUAUAUAUAUAUUUAAACGAAUAAUCAAAAUUGUAAUCAUGUAAUAAUAACUUAUACAGGUUGAUUCAAAAGUUCCUAAGUGGUCCAAAAGUUCACAGAUAAUUUUAUCAAUUACUUUUUUUUUUAAACUUUUUAAGCUUGCACUUAGAUUUGUAAUUUUACAAUCGAGUGUAAAAAAAAAUUAGCCAAAAGAGUCUCGAAUAAGAGUAAUCGAUAUUUAAAAACAUCUAUAAACUUUUGAAUAAUUUAGAAUCUUUUGAUUUAUCCUGUAUAAAUUAGAAAAAAAAAAAAUAUCUAUUCCCGUUAACGACGUCAGUUAAACUAUUAUAAACAUAUAUAACUACGAGAGAAAAACGAUUCUAUUGGCUAAAAAAACGAUGAAAUUUUAUUUCUUAUUACGUUGAAAUUUAUUUGAUAAGUUAAAAUGAUAAAAUUAAUGUUUGAUUAAACUUAUAAAUUCGUUAUCAAAGAAAAAAAAAAAAAAUAUAUAUAUAUAUAUAUAUAUAUAUAUAUAUAUAUAUAUAUAUAUAUAUAUAGAACACAUAUCGCGCUAAUGUCGCGGCAAAAUUCAAUGAAUUGAUUUCUUCCCAAAUUCUCUCUAUUUUGUGCAUAUGUUUAUCAAAUGUUUUGCUAUUAGAUAUCUAAUACACAGAGAGUAACAAAAACGCAACAAUAAAUUCGCGUUACAUUACGUUACACUGUUACGUAUAAAUAAUAGAAAUUGAAUAAUGAUAUAUGUAUAUUGGGAGCUGGUCUCCAACAAGAAAUAAAUACAGACAACCAUACAUACACACACAUACCACGAAUUGUUAAAUAUUCUCAUUCGCGUUUAAACAUCGUACGCGUAUUUACAUUAUGUAUACAUAUGAAAUAUAUAUAUAUAUAUAUAUAUAUAUAUAUGUAUGUAUACACUUAUAUGCACAAUACGAGAACAAGAUGGAAGUGGUGAAGAAAAACGAAAAACGACUUAUAAGGGAAGAAAAUAUUUAUAGUUAAGACUGAACGUCUACGAGAAAUUUUCUUCUCGCAUUGACGACGACGAUAAAUACAAAUUUAAAAAAAAGAAAAAAAAAAAACUAAAGAAAAAAGAAAAACAAGGAAGAUUAAAAAAAAAAAAAAAGAAAACUUUUAAACGCACUUUGUAGCAUGUAUGUGCAUUUCUUAAGGAAAUUGAUAAUAACAAUUAUAAUUACACCUUCCUCCCCCUUCUCACAUAAAGAUUAUCAAAAGAUCAAUUUUAUUCGCAUGAUCGAUCGUUUUUGAAAUUUUCUUACGUUUCUUGCUGAUCUAGAAUAAAAUAAUUAGUACCUGAUUAUUAUAUAUAUAUAUAUAUAUAUAUAUAUAUAUGUGUGUGUGUGUAUAUAUAUAUAUAUAUAUAUAUAUAUAUAUAUAUAUAUCUACAGGGUAUGCCACAAGUUUCUAGAUGGAUCAAUAGUUUGUAGGUAAAUUUAAAAAUUAAUUAUUCUUUUUCGAGAAUCUUUAGAAUAAAUUUCUUUUCAGGUUGUAAAACUAUAAGUCUAAUUACAAGUCUGAAAAAAAUCUGAAAAAAGAGUAAUAGAUUUUUAAAAAUCACGUAAGAACUUAUGGCCCACUUAUGAACUUUUGGCCCACCCUGUAAUUAACGCUAUUACUGCUGCUGCUGCUACUGUUCAUGCUAUUUUUCGUUGAUAUUUAUAAUCGUCGCGUUAUAUAAUAAAUCAUAAAAAUAACAAAUAGUACAUAUAUAAACGUGAAUUACAAGAAGCAGCUGUUUUUGAUACGUAAACUUCAAGCUUUUUUUCUUCCUUUCUUUCUUUUUUUUUUUUUUCUAAUUAAUAUUAUAUUAUAUAAUAAUGUGGCGGUGUUUCGCUCGAUUUACGCAGGAUAUGUCGAGAAUAUAAUUUAGUACGGUGGAUUGUUGGAAUGUUGCCAGUUUCUAAUGGAUACCAGAUAUGUUACGGGUUUUUCGAUAUUCACUCAUAUUUAUACCGUUGGAAGUCAAUAAUUACAAUAUAUAUAUGUAUAUGUAUAUAUAUAUAUAUAUAUAUAUAUAUAUAAACAUACGUGAUACUUUCUCAUUAAAUUUUAAAUGCAUUAUUUGUAUAAUUAAUAAGAGAAGCUGUUGCUUCAAAUUCUCAUAAUAAUCAUAUUUUAAAAAUAAUUCGCAACUUGUAAAUAUCUUUUUUUUCUUUUUUGAUUAUUAAUUAUUAUUUUAUAUUGCACAUAAAAAUUGUUGAACAUUAUUGGGUAGUAUGUAAGACAUACACAUAUCUGUUAUUCUAAUAUUUUCUCCUUAUCGUGGGUGUACGUUAUCGAAUAAAACAAAUACUUUACGUAAACACACAUAUAUACGUAAAUUUUCCAGCAAAAUAAAUGAAGAAAAAGAAAAGAAGAAAAAGAAGAAAAAGAAGAAAAAGAAGAAGAAGAAGAAGAAGAAGUGGGAAAACAUUUUUCUAUGUUUAAUAUUAAAAUAUAAUUGUAUAAGUGAGCAAGUGAGAUAUACGUUGAAUUUAAAUUUAUCUAAUGCGUUAUCAUUGGCAUAAAAAUAAUUCUAUCAUGUUUAUAAAAAAAUAUAUUGAACUUGUUUCGUUGAGAACGAUAUUAAAAAAAAAAAAAAAAAAAAAAAAAAGAAAAGAGAAAAAAAAAGGAAAAAGAAAUGUAACAGAUAUUUAUAUAUAAUGCAAAUAAGAGAUAAAGAAAAAAAAUAUGGAUUAUCAAUUUAAUAAAUAAAUUAUUAGAAUGAUGAAUUCUAUACGUUGUGAUGAAAAAUUAAAUAUAUAUAAAUAUAUAUAUAUAUAUAUAUAUAUAUAUAUAUAUAUAUACAUAAAUAUAUAUAUAUAUAUAUAUAAAAAAAAAGAAAUAAGCAAAACACAAUUUCAACAUCCAUAAUUAGUAAUCAAUUAUAUAAAUAGUGAAUCUGCUUAUUUCAUUAUAAUUUCAGCUCGCUUGAUUCAAUGAAAAAUAUUCUAAUUAACUCGAAACACAUUAAUCAACAUUAUAACUAAAUACGCAUUAUGAUCUCAAAAAUCGUCUCUAUCGAAUCGUAUAUAAAUAAAUAAAAAGAAAAAAAUCUUCUCUAACUUGUACAAUCACGACAUAGAUUUAGAAAAUAAAUAAAUUUUCAUCUUUAACAACAUCGAUAACUACGAAACGGAAUCGAUAUAGCGUGCGAUAUAUAUAUAUAUAUAUAUAUAUAUAUAUAUAUAUAUAUAUAUAUAUACACAUACACAUAUAUGUAUAUAUCGUAGUUUGACGUAAAUCGAUUUAGAAACAAUUCAUUAUUUCAUAACCUUGUAAAUAAAAGCUUGCAAGGUCUCCUGUUACGAUACACGAAGCAUUUUGUAAAGUUUUAUAAAUAGUUCUAUGUAGUUACACAGCUGGACCAAUAAAGUAUAUAUAUAUAUAUGCA